AUGUCACCAUUUGUUGAUACUCUCCGCUACCACAGUCACCAUCGCGAUACCAUUCAAGUCACUGAGCCCGCUCUUUCACGAACAAUAAGUCUUACAGCAUUCCUGACUCUAAGCCGAGCCCGCUCCUUCACAAACGAUACUCGACGAUACUCAAACUACACUCACAACUCUGAGCCAAGCAAUAUCCCAGCCAUGUCGAGACCCCACUCACCGGCGAAGUUGACUCUCAACGCUGAGGAGAUGCGAGAGUACGCCCUGGUGGCAAAGCAGUGCGCCGAGAACACAGCAGCCAGGAGGUAA